AUGUCCUAUUCUCAGCUUGCCUCAUACCUGGAAGGUGAAAUUGAUAGUAUGCCCGGUAUUUCGGUACCUGAAUCUAAUGAUAUUCCUUCAGACUUAGCCGUGCUGAUCCAGAGCCAGCUCGCACAAGAGUUGGCAACCCUCAGGCAGGAAAACUUUAAACCGGUCAAACAGGACGAGUUGUUACUGAAAAUUCAGGAGAACGAGCGUGCUUUACUGCGGCAGGAUCUGCACAAACUCAUGGCCACUGUAGGCGAUCUUCCCAGGGAAGCCAUUGGGACCGAUCUCAUCGAGCUUCAAGAGCCUCGCGACGGAAAAUUCAUGUCAAUAGAGCAGCUGAUUAUUGACAUUGGCAAUCUUCCUCAAAUAUCACUUGCCAAUAAUGAGGAUGCGGAGAGUGAGUCUCUUCUCAACGAAUACAACUCACUUCGAGAGGGCCUGAAGGAUAAGGUAAGCUCAAUUCGCGACGCUGAGAAGCUUAUACCACAACUACUGCGGCCGCUGAACCAGUUGAAGGAUUUGAAAACUGCGGUAGAACACGAAAGCGGCGAUGCAGAGCUGUACUUCUCAUCGUACCAGGAAAACGUUAUUGCGCAGGCGCAAGAGACGGCGAGGCUGCUCGAAACCGUACUGAAAAAAAAUGGCGAACUGCCCACAACGGCCAUCGAUGAGCUAAAGGAAAUUAUCUCGCUUCUAGAGAUGAUGCGCUAA